UAUUGGUCGCUAGGAAAGCCACAGACAGGGGUAAAGUAUAUAUUUUGUGACGAUAUGCAGCACUUGCUCCGGGGCCUCCGCUCCAUCCACCUGGCAGCCGAACUCCGGACCGGAGUCAAGAUGGAUGCCUGUGAGAUGCGGGAGAAGCUGAAGUUUGAGUUCUCGGCGGACAACCAGCGGAGGGUCAAAGCCCUGCUCGCCUGGUAUCCGGAGGCCGAGUGGAAGGGAGCCCUGCUGCCCCUCCUGGAUAUUGCCCAGCGACAGCAGGGAUGGCUCUCGAUCAGCGCCGUUCAUGCCGUGGCCGAGACCAUUAAGAUAGAUCCCAUGAAGGCCUACGAGGCGGCCCAGUUCUACACGAUGUUCUUCAUGAAGCCGCGCGGCAAAUAUGUGGUCAGUGUUUGCACCUCGACGCCCUGCAAACUGCGCGGUGGCGAUGAGAUAUUCGAGGCGUGCAAGAAAUCUCUGAACUUGGAGCACGGUCAGACGACUCCGGAUAUGCAGUUCACCCUGAAGGAGGAUUACUGCAUGGGCGCCUGUGUAAAUGCUCCCGUUCUGGCGGUCAACGAUGAUAUGUAUGAGGACCUGGACGAGAAGAGUCUGGGCGAUAUCCUGGCUGCCCUCCGAAGUGAUAGGCUGCCGCCUGCUGGUCCGCAAAACGGAAGAUUUGCCAGCGAGCCCAAGGGCGGACCGACCACUCUGAAGACCCAACCACCGCCGCCCGGCUUUAAGAUGCAGGAUCUGCCGGAUCCGAGGACCAAGAAGUGUCAGUAGCCAUUGAUUAAGUCUU